AUGAGCCUCGCGACCUCGUCCUUGCCCCCCAGCUCGUCUGCCGGCGCCGGUCCGGCAGUCCCCGGUCCGUCCUCCAGCCACCGGCUGUCGCUGGAGAGCCUGCCGAUCGAGCUUCUGCAGCACAUCAUUGAGGUCCUGGCCCCGACAGCCCCCUCAACCACCCGCUUUGCCCUACAGCUGUCCGGCACCUGGGUCUUUCACGAUGCCGCCACGCAGUAUGCCGAAUGGCAACAGGCCCGCGCUCACCUGUUCGCAGUUUUACGGACGUCUCGGCGCAUGGCAGCCGUUGCCAAGCCGAUGCUCUGGAACACCCUCAUCAUUGCCACCCCUAGGGCCCUUGUCAGACUCUUCGUGAUCCUGCAUUAUCGGCCAGAUGUUCGACCAUGGAUCCGCAGCAUUACAUGCUUCCUCAACAUCUCUAGCCAGCUCACCAUUCAAGACGCUCUUCGGCAAUGGCAGCUCCAGUUCCAACGUCCAUUCCAAAAUAAGAUGAACCUUGUUGACACCGUGGUUAUCGAUCUCUUGCGCAUGGUCUUAAUGAACGCCCCAAAUGUUCGCGACUUUUUGCUCGCUCCCCCGGACCAUGGUCUUCGCAAUGAGGGGCCAAACGACUUAAUGAUGCCGAGCUUCCGGGCUGCUAUCGAUCAGGUGCGACAAUGGGAGUCCCCUCCACCGUAUGGCCUCAACAGCUGGCACACAGCUACGCUUGCUCUUUCCACAAUGGUCUGGCUCGAUAUGAAGAACCUGACAAGCAUGCGCAUCUACUGCCACCGUGAGAAUGGCAAUCGUUCGACGACGCUUUCCCGCUUCUUGGCCGACUAUGCUGUCGUCUACCUGUUGCCGAAACUAACCCAGGUCAAGACGCUUGAGCUGUGCUGCGCGUCGGCCGACAAUGUUUUCCUCGAGCCCACUCCGAUCCCCCCGCUGCCGCAUAUCCAACACCUUCGGCUGUAUGGUAGCCACAUCCACGAGCCGCGGUUGGUUGAGCUGUGUCUGGCUUGUGUCAACCUGCGCACCUUGGUUGUUCACUUCGAGUCCAGCUCAACCGAUGAGGACCGCGACCUGCUCCCCGGGGGCAAGACGCUGAGCGAUGCGCUUGCUGGGCUGGCAGGGACGCUUGAGACGCUCGAGCUUGUCGCCCUGUCGACAGGACACUACCUUACGCGCGGACGCGAGCGUCCAAGGAAACCCGAAAACCACCGCUUGCAUUGUAUUCCCCGCUUGACACGGCUGCGUAACUUGACUCUAGACUAUCGUGGAGUGUUUGGAACGCUCGGUAUUCUCGAGAUGGACGACGGCGAACGCCUGUGUCAACUCAUUCCAGCGUCAGCCAAUCUCGACAUGGUCCUGCACGGCGUGCAGUGUCUCUGCGCCAGCAAAGUGCACUCCCUGAGGAGCAUCUCGUUGGCCAUCCACUCAUGGCCUGCCAAGGGACGCUUUCAUCGACGUUUCAAGCGUGAUGUCGAGACGGCACGUCAACAAUGUGCCCGUGCUGGCAUCCGGUUCCGCACAUUCGACCUCCUGCCGUCAUACCAGGACGAGGAUGAACCGGAACCCGAGGAAGAGGAAGGGUCCCAGGAAGUUGAGUUCGAGGAGGGCGGCGAGGAAGCAGCUCAUGGCAUUACAGAAGAAGAUUCGGACGAGCCUGAGCUCGAAGAGGAGGACGAGGCGUCAGAGUACUACUUUUCUGACGAAGCGGGCGAAUCUGACCCCGAACGAGAGGCCAGACGACCACCGACUUUCCAGGCGUUCCUGCAGAUGCUGGGCGAAGGGCACGGCUACAACAUGGAAGACCUGUGGUAUGCCUACCACGAGGGCCGCUGGGACGAGUACCUCGCAUUCUACGAUCGCAAGUCGCUGACACUCUCCGUCAAUAUGGAGGAGGACAUUCGCUUCCUGUUUGAAAAAGAUGACGACAAGGACGACCAGAUCCAGCAUCUGCGGGACGAAAUGGCUCAUCUGCAGGACUCGCUAUUCAGUUUCCUCACCAGUGUAACCGGCUACGAUAUGGAGUGGACGGCUGAAUGGCAGGUCAUAUGGGAUGCCCUCGAACGCCCCGGCCUCGAGUCCUGGGAACUGCCCAAAAAGCAGGAGUUAUUGCUCCAGGUCGGCCAUCCCGAAAAGCUGCCGACUCGUGCGGUCGAGGGCCUCCGUAUGAUCCUCCUCCACCUCUUUGCUAACAUCCAUUAUCCGUGGAGCGACGACACUCUCGCCCUCCUCCGACUCCUUUGGGCUGAACAGAAGAAAGAGUGCCGGCCGGCACUGUUGAUCCGGGCUCACUUUGUUGUGCUUGAAACCGCCCUCUUGACUAUUCGCUACAACCACGAGCACUUGGCCGCCAUCUCCUUCUGGCAGUUUGCCAAAUUCCUCGAAGAAGUCAUGCGUGGAACCCAAGAGUCGCAACUCUUUACUCUGCGAGAGGGGAUGGAAGAAGAACUCGAGUACUACUCUCCCUGGACUCGCGGUGUCAUCAAGCAUUUGGACAACGGCACUCUUGAGCGCUUCAUCAACGACCAUCUGGACAUUUCCUCGGUCGACAAAGAGCACUAUCUCGAUCGCGUCAAGAAGAAUCGGUAUAUGCACAUUCCAGGCGUUCCCGGCAUGCACCUCAUCAACGUCAAGCUGUACUUUUCCUCCUUCAAGAGGGUGCAGGAUUGGCUCAAGGAGCAGCAGGGGGAGUGGGAUGAGAUCCAGCAACUGAUCGCUGAUCUGUGA